GCCAGCAUGGCAUCAGACGAAGGCAAGCUUUUCGUGGGGGGGCUGAGUUUUGACACCAACGAGCAGUCGCUGGAGCAGGUGUUCUCCAAGUAUGGACAGAUCUCUGAAGUGGUGGUUGUGAAAGACAGGGAGACCCAGCGAUCUCGGGGGUUUGGGUUUGUCACCUUUGAGAACAUCGACGAUGCCAAGGACGCCAUGAUGGCCAUGAAUGGGAAGUCUGUGGAUGGGCGACAGAUCCGAGUUGACCAGGCAGGCAAGUCCUCCGACAACCGAUCCCGUGGGUACCGAGGAGGCUCUGCCGGGGGCCGGGGCUUCUUCCGCGGAGGCAGAGGCCGGGGGCGUGGGUUCUCCAGAGGCGGAGGGGACAGAGGCUAUGGGGGGAGUCGGUUUGAGUCCAGGAGUGGGGGCUACGGAGGCUCCAGAGACUACUACAGCAGCCGGAGUCAGGGUAGCAGCUAUGGUGACAGGAGCUCCGGCGGGUCCUACAGAGACAGCUAUGACAGUUACGCUACACACAACGAGUAAAAAUCCUUCCUGCUCAAGAUCGUCCUUCCAAUGGCUGUAUAUUUAAAGAUUUUGGGAGCUUCGCUGAAUCGUUAAUGUGUAGUGAACACACCUCCUUGUACCCCACUUUUGUAGCCUCUCGGUUCUGAUCUUGUCAAACACAGCCUGACUGCGUCUGACCCCAGAUGGCCUCAUGACCUGACUUUUCUUUUAAGGAAGUGCCGUCCGUUUUUAGGGGUUUAAAAACGUUUGAAAAGCACUUUUGACUUCACUUUUUUCUUUCUACCGUGAGCCGUGAAUUAAAGAAACCAUUCAUUGGGGGUUGUGUGGGUUUCGGUUGUGUUGCCUUUUUUGUUUCUUUUUAGUGGGGUACCUUGAAGUCGGUGCCCCAGUUCACCUCUCUUGAGAUUGAACGCACUCUCAGUCCGCUUUGUCGGAAGCUGAGCAGGCUGUGGCUUUCUCCCAACUCGUGUACCGCUUGAGUGUAGCGUGGUAGGACGUGUCCAGGGCGCUGCAGAGGCAGGCGGCCUGGCUGCCCACCUGCGCUGUCGGACCCCAGUAGACGCACAGACGUCCGUGAGGUUCUUGAAAAUGUUUAUUUAUAUUGUCCUUUUUUACUGGAAGACAUAUGCAUACCCCAUUGAUGUUGUAUUUGAAGUGGUUAAGGAAUUCUUGUACGCAGUUUCUUUGGCUUUACGAAGCCGAUUAAAAGACCGUCUGAAAUGAACCUUGCUCUGACAAUUUCCCUUUCAUUGCACAACACACCUCUGCUGUGGGUUCGCGGCUGUCAGGCCUGAGCAGAGGGGCAGUGUGAGAAGCAGGUGUGCCAGCCCUGCUUGAGCCCAAGGAGAGCUAGACGAGGAAGGCAGAGUAAGCUGAUGCCGGUGGGCCCUCUGACAGCGACUGCCCCAGUCCUGGUUAGGUGAGCGAGGCGGGGGACGGGAGCGGGCAGCUGACCGCAGGACAGCCCUGGGAGGCGUCUGGCAGUGGCAGCCAGAGGGCUCCGAGGGGCGGGCAGCCUGGCAGGGACAGUGGACGUGCGGGCACCUGACACUGACCUGAACCCUCCACUGUAGCUCAGACUCUGGCUAGACAGACGCAGGCAGCACCCCUGGGUGACCAGACCGGUGGCUCGGUAGCUAGCUCUGCUGUUACUUUACAAGUUCUGAGCGUUCUCCGCUAGCCUAUGGAAGCUGCAGCCCUCGGAGGACAGAAGUGUUGUGCGCCCAACAGAAACCUCUGAGACGCGAGCUGCUCCCUUGGCUAGCUCAUAUGUGGAGAUAGCCCUGUAAUCCGAGGUAACUCCUUUUGCUCGUGUCCGCAUCCCUCCUCUUGUCAAGAGCUCAUUUGAAAAUGUACCCGGGGAAUGUUCCUUUGACUUUUUUGUUUUUCCAAUUUUUUGAAUCAAGCUAGAACUAAAACCGUCAGACCCUGGCCCAACGGGCAGUUGCGCCUCAAGAGUAGGUUCGGUCCGUAAGCAGGAUUGGAGACCGCUGAACACCAUGCCUUUUGGAUUUUUUGUUCAUCAAUUGACAGUCUUUUCCAGACCUCUUUAAGUCACACUCCUAACUGGCUCUCUGAUGUCUGUUGCUGCCAUGAGUUUUUCCCCGAGCCCACGCCAUCUCUAAGCAGCUCCAUCCCAUGUGGGGAGCUGGCGCUGCUUACGGUGGGAUGGGGCCUGACCAAUCGGGAAAGGCACAGGCCCACCAGGGCUCACCGCCGUGACGGGCCUCUGCCAGGAUGGCCUGAUGACUAGCUUGAGACCCUCCUAGGAUCUGUGGAUGGUUUCAGGGAGGUGGGGAGGACAGCUUCCAGGUGCAGAGCCUCCGGGAUGUUGGGGUAACACUCCUUUGCUUUGGCAGGUUGAAGGGAAGGAAGCCCCACUAGGAAGGGUGAUCCAAGAGCAGCGAUGACCUGGGGUCACUGUCCCAGGAGGGACUUCACCUGGGAGCCAGAGCCAGAGGUGCAGCCACCGUCCUUCAAGUCCGUCUCCUAUGCUGCAUCCUGAAGGUUGGGGCUUUUAAGUCCCUCCAGGAGCAUGGGUGGUGGCAGCAACUCGUGAGGCGGCCGGUCCUUACUGGCAACAGUGACAGGACGUGGAAGUCCAAAUUGAAUAAAGGACUGGUGUGUGCAAAGCACCUAGAAA